GCACAGGUAGGUGGCACUUCUGAGCACAGGUGUGUGGCACUGCUGGGUGGCACAGGUGGGUGCACUGCUGGGCACAGGUGGGCGCACACUAGGCACAGGUGGGUGCACUGCUGGUCACAGGUGGGCGGAACUGGUGGGUGGCACUGCUGGGCACCGAUCAUCAGGGCACUGAUCAUCAGUGCCCUGAUGAUCGGUGCCGAUCACUGCUCUGACAGCUGAUCAGCACUGAUCAUCAGUGCCCUGAUGAUCAGUGCCAAGCAGUGUCGCGCACCUCUGCCACCCACCUGUGCCCAUCAGUGCCUCCC